CCAGUAUGGAAAAAGAUUAUUGGAUUUUUUUGGGAUCCAAUCUUUCUGCCACCUAGUGAAAGAAAAUAUAUGCUCAAAAUAGAUUUCUUCAUCUAUAUUUAUGCAAUUUUGGCAUGUUUUAUCAAAUACUUGGAUCAAACAAAUAUCAAUAAUGCAUUUGUCUCUGGUAUGAAGGAAGAUUUGAACAUGUAUGGCUCAAAUGAUUAUAAUUUAUUGACCACCUAUUUCAACAUUGGCUACUUAUCAUUUUCAGUACCAAUGUCUAUCCUUAUGAAAUAUAUUAGACCAAGUAUUCUUUUACCAUCUUGUGAAAUUUUAUGGACAUUUCUAGUCAUGAUUAUGGCUGUUGCUAAGAAUAAAGAAACAAUUUAUGGAUUGAGAUUAUUACAAGGUGUCAUCGAAGCAAGUUCAUUUCCUGGGUUGACAAUGCUUAUUGGGGAAUACUAUUCAAAAGAAAGUUUAGGUAAACGUAUGUUUAUGUUGGAUGCAACUGGUUCUGUGGCCAGAAUGUUUGCAGGUUAUAUUCAAGCUGGUGUCUAUACAACAAUGAAUGGAAGAUAUGGGCUACCAGGUUGGAAAUGGGUAUUUCUUGUCGAUGGAUUCAUUUCGAUUCCAGUAGCAAUACUUGGAUUUUUAUUUUUACCAGAUUUCCCAAGAAAUUCAAAAGCUUUCUGGCUAAAGAAGAAGGAAAGACAGUUUGCAUUAGCAAGAGCCAAGCUAAAUAAAAAAGCACAACCUAAACCAAUGACAAUCAAAUCCAUCAUCAGAACAUUCACUAGUUGGAAGUUAUGGUUAUUUGUUACAACAUAUGCAACUGGUGUUAUCGGAUUGAAUAGCACGAGUUAUUUUGCUUUGUAUUUGAAAUGGUUGAAAAAAUACUCAGUUCAGCAGAUUAAUCUUAUUCCAACUGCCGGUUCUGCAUGGCAAUUUCUUUCUAUGCUUAUUUUCAGUGCUGGAAGUGAUUACACAGGAAAUCGUGUUGGCUGGAUAUGUUUGAACGAAUUCAUUGGAUUUUUGAGUUGUUUGUUACUAUCAAUUUGGAAUAUUCCGUUUGGUGCAUUGAUUUUCGCUUUUAUCUUGGGGUUCGGUACUCUAUCAGCACAAACUAUUUUGAUGGGGUGGUUUGCCGAUGUUUUUUAUGAUGAGCCAGAUCUGAAAGCAAUUAAUAUUGGACUUGGAAAUACUAUCGUUUAUUCAUUUAAUGCUUUUCUACCAUUGGGUAUCUAUAAAAGUAAUGAGGGACCUCGUUAUAAUCUGGGUUAUAAAAUUUCCAUGAUGUUU